AUGGCCGAUCCCGGCCAAGCCGGGACAACCCACUCACGGUCCUCCGCACCGCGGGUCCGCCUUACCUGUGAAGCAUGUCGCCAGCGCAAAGUGAAAUGCGACAAGUCAAGUCCUUGCACAAGUUGCCAGAGACUUGGUCUCGUGUGUGUUCCGGUGGAACGUGCGCGUCUUCCACGCGGUCGCACGCGAAAACCCGAGCGGGCUGUAGGCUCGGACAAAGAACUAUCUGAGAGGGUAGCGAGACUCGAGAAACUUCUAAAGAAAGUCGCCAAUGACCGAGGAGACGAACUACAGCUUGCAUCGGCAGCCCCUGCGCCUUCAUAUCCGGUCACAAAGCAGGAGUCGGCGGGGGAGGCCAGCAACGCCGGUCCUGCGACAUGGCAGAAUCAUAAUGACUACUUGUCCGGUGCAGCUCAAGCACAUCUUCCUCGGCCUUCCACUGCAUAUGUGGGAGGCUCAUUUUGGGAGGAUAUUAUGCAGCAGACCCAAGAAUUGCGCAGUGUCCUGGAAGGUCGUCUAGAAAAUGAAGACCAUAAUUUCAAAGACACGGCACCUGGCUUCGGUGCAUCACUUGUGAGCUCAGAAAGCCCUGAUAGCUCGUCGAGUUCACCUCAAGCCAACAAACCAUUAAAUCUACAACCCCAAAUUCGGCGCAGGUUAUGUGACAUUUUCUUCCACAACGUCGAUCCUCUCUUCAAAAUUUUACACCGACCGUCAAUACAAGCAUUUCUUAGGGAUGGCAAGCCUUAUCUUGACUAUGAGCAGGACCACCAAGCUCCAGCCACCCUUGCUUCGGCUAUUUAUCUUUGCGCUGUGUGCACUCUGAACGAAGUGGAAUGUCAAUCAAUGUUCAACGCGAACAAAAAGAUAAUAGUCGCGGAAUUCCAGAAAGAAACCGAAGCCGCCCUCGUAAGGGCGGACUUUGUCACGACAAACGAUCUCACUGUCCUGCAAGCAUAUAUUAUCUCUCUACUCGCCGCACGAUCUCAAGACCAAAGCCGAAGGGUCUGGACCAUGUUGAGCAUGGCACUCCGAGUAGGCCAGGCAUUAUCCCUCCACAUGCGCCAGCCGCCAUUCACCAUCCGCCCUUUCGAGAACGAGAUGCGCAAACGAGCGUGGCUAGGAAUCGGUCUUCUCGAUGUAGCAGCUUCUUUGGACAGGGCAUCCGAGCCGAUGAUGCAAUCCGCAUGGCUUGAUUACAACCUGCCGUCGAAUAUCAACGACGAAGACAUAUGGUUCGACAUGCCAGACCCAAUCCCCGAACACGCAGAAGGCACAUUCACCGACAUGACGCACACCUUGGUUGUCGCGGCUUCAGCUUCCGUGUCCCGAGCACUUGCCUUUUCGGACCUCAGCCAGCCAGCCGUGACCAUCAUGAGCUUGCGACAGCAAAUCGUGCACGAUUUCCAACAAAAGGCUUUAGAACUUCUAAGCGGCUGUAGGCCAGAUUUAUCAGACUUCCAGUGGUACGCGCAGAAGACAGCGUGUGUCAUGAGCAGCUGGUUGCAGCUAGCUUCUCUCCGGCCACUACAACGAAGCCAUAGCUUUAUACCCCCGAAAAUCCAAGAAAAUGCCCUCCUCAAAAUCGCAGCUGACAACCUGCAGUGGUCGCAGGAGGUAUACAACUACCCAGGCGCCAAGUGUUGGCGAUGGUACGGUUCAAUGUGGGUUCCAUGGCACGCAUUGGCCGUGGCCCUUGCCGAACUCUGCGUCUGCAAAAGUCCCGCGGUGAUAUCGAAGUACUGGGCCGUCGUUGACGACGUCUACCAGCGCUCGCGACUGAUAAUUGCAGAUUCUCAGCACGGGAUGCUCUGGAGGCCUCUGGAGAGGCUUAUGUCACAAGCGAAAACGCGGAGAAAUGAACUCCUCGGGGUUGACCCUUCUCACCAAGUGUCUCAACAUCCUUUCGGUGGCAUUUCUUCGGACAUUUUCCCAAAACAAUCCGAAGAUCGACCGGACCUUACGGGCUUUUCGGUUAAUUUGGGAGAGACAAUCAAUCAACCCCGAGAUCCGCACAUCGCAGAAGUGCCGACGUCCUUUGAGCCGGUACCUUGGCCUAAUGUGUGGGAUGCGAUGGAUUUCAGUAACCCGGCCUUGCAAAGUAACGAUGACACGGCUUGGUUGAACUAUGAGAACUUUAUCGAGAAUGUUUAUGAUAGCGCUGAUUCCAUUUUUUUGCCACGAUGA